ACGACUCUAAUUUUAGGUCACGGACAUUUUGUGUCCAAGGUCCGCCGAACAAUUCGUCGUCUCGGUACCCCGAAAUCAUACCCCUACGUAGAUCCCUUCUUUUAAACGGAACGAGCAUGGAAUCAUUCACGAUUCGGACGCCGUGCUCGUCGGCCAACAUCGGACCCGGUUUCGAUGUCAUCGGCCUAGCCCUGUCUAUCUAUCUUGAGCUGCGCGUCACCAUCGAUCGCACCAAGUCUUCGUCUCAAGAGCCGCUUAACUGUCGUAUCACGUAUGAAGGCCAAGGCGAAGAUUCAGAUGAUGUACCGCUAGAUCCGUCCGCAAAUCUAAUCACUCGAGUUGCGCUGUAUGUUCUGCGGUGCCAUGACCAACGAGCGUUCCCUGUUGAGACUCACGUGCACAUCAUUAACCCCAUCCCAUUGGGUCGUGGUCUUGGCUCCUCUGGUGCAGCCGUUGUUGCCGGCGUAAUGCUAGGCAAGGAAGUUGGAGGCCUGCAUCAUCUAACUAACGAUCGGCUUUUUGACUUCUGUCUCAUGAUCGAGCGCCAUCCUGACAACGUGGGCGCUGCUCUGUUUGGUGGAUUUGUAGGGACGUACCUAAAGCCGUUGACGCCCGAGGACGUUGCGCGUGUCGAGAUCCCACUUAGUGAAGUACUUCCUGCGCCAGCGGGUGGUCUUGACACGGGUGAGCGACCGCCGGAACCGCCGCACGGUAUUGGCCACCAUAUCAAGUUCCCCUGGUCCAAGGAGAUCAAGGCUAUCGCCAUUGUGCCCAACUUUCAGGUGCCUACAGCCAAGGCACGAGAGGUACUUCCGAAAGAGUACCCACGACAGGAUGUUACCUUCAACCUGCAGCGAAUAGCGUUGCUACCUGUUGCGUUGGGACAAUCGCCUCCGGACCCGGAUCUCAUCUAUCUCGCCAUGCAAGACAAGUUGCACCAGCAGUACAGACAGACAUUGAUCCCUGGGUUAGGUGAGAUCGUUGAGUCCAUGUCACCAAGCACUCAGGAGGGGUUGUUAGGAGUCUGCUUAUCGGGCGCCGGACCUACGAUCCUAGCAUUGGCUACUAGUAACUUCGAGCAGAUUGCCGAGAAGAUCAUAAGCAGGUUUACGAAGGAAAACAUCGAUUGCCAAUGGCUAAUCCUGGAGCCAGCCGAGGGUACCAAGGUUAUUCGGGCAUGAGGGUCAAGCUGAUGAGCACGUGAGCUUUAAAUCGAUACCCGUGUGACUACACGUCAUAGUCUUAUAUAGACCAACGAACGGCUGAGGUCGACUUCGGAUCUUGGGAAACAUCCCCGAAUUAAGCUUAUUUUAACUGAAAGACUAGCGGCGGGUUAGGAGAUAUUGGGCCUCUGGAUAGACGACUGCGACUAAAAAUAGACAAAUUAGUUUCGCCGAUGAGUACGGUUGGUUGGUUGUUGUUGUUGUUGUAUAAGUUGUAUAAGUGCUCUUCUUUUUUUUUUUUUAAC